ACGAAACAAAUAUAGUUAGAAGGUUUGAGCUCCAAGGCAUCCUCAAGGAUUGCUACCUGCCCUAAAAAUGGAAUUGGAUUUGGGAAAGAUGCGCAUCGGAACUGGGCUUCAGUUAUUCCAAUCUCAAGCACCAAUCUUUGGCAUCUCCCUUAGCAGGAUUUCAUUCCAUCGUGAAAUUUUGAAAUCAUAGAUAUCAGAGACAUUAUAUCUGGUGUGAAUCCAUGGCCAAUCGCAGGAAGCUUUCCUUCGAUCUCCUGCGCUAUGUAGACGUUCCCGCUCCCAAUGAGGAUGCACUCGCCAUUAAAUCACACAGCCGGAGACGCAGACACAAGAAAAAGUCUGUCAAUUUUGCCCACGCAACACUAGACAAUGGCCAGAUUUACAGUAAUGACGCACUUCAUUUGGGAGACUCGUCCAGCCUGAGGAAAUGUGCCACUGUUGACAUCGGGUGCCUUGCGGAUCUUUCAAUGGACGCAGCUCAGCAAUUGGCCGUUUCAGAUGCUGUUGAAAUGGUUGAUGGAACAAUUUUAAGCUGCUCACACGACGCUAAUGGUAAUGAGCCUGACACGCUCAAUUCCCUGUUAGGGCACGCCGACGGACCAAACGGAAUUUUGCAUUUCGAGCGAGUUGAUUCGGUUGAAUCGGAGGGCGUGGAAGGGCUGGAACGUUCGUUUUCGAUCGCAUACUCAGUUGUUGAAGAUGUUUCAAAUAAGCUCGAAUCAGGGCUUUUGGAGCAAGUAUCUCCCGCUGAGAGUAAUUGCAAAGUAGGGUUUUUGGAACAGAUUUCCCCUGCUGAAUUGAGGCAGCGGAAUGUUAAUGUUAACGCCGACGCUGUGGAGGGAAAUGGAGAUGAGAUUGUGGAAGAGGUGAAGGAGAGGGGGAGUGGUGCGUUGAAGGAGCCGCAGCCUGAGAAGAAAGCUUCUCACGCAACCCCUCAGUUGCUGGAUUGGGAGCGUGUGAUGGCUGAAACCUCUGAAUUUCCUAUAUACUCUGCCAUGUCCCCUUUAGGAUAUUUUUUAAGGGAAAUUAACAGAGGCAACUCUUUGCGCAGCACAACAUCGGUGGGGAACGACAAGGAAAGACAGAAGGUUUACAAUACCAUGUUCCAUGUUCCCUGGCGAUGUGAACUGCUCAUUGAUGUAGGAUUUUUCGUAUGUCUUGAUUCUUUUCUUUCAUUAUUGACUAUCAUGCCAGCGAGGAUAUUAGGAUUCUUCUGGAGAUGCUUGUCUGUCAGGCAGUUCCAGAUACCAUUGGCUGAUGACCUUUCAGACUUUGGGUGCUUUGUGGUGUUAAUUUGGGGAGUGACACUUUUACAAGUUACAGAUAUUAGCCUAAUUUACCAUUUUAUUCGAGGACAGGGCACAAUAAAACUUUAUGUGGUGUACAAUGUCUUAGAGAUAUUUGAUAAACUGUGCCAAUCAUUUGGAGGGGAUGUACUUCAAGUACUUUUCAAUUCAGCAGCAGGAGUUGCAAGUAGUUCAAAGGAGCAUAUGGCAAUGGAAAUUAUGCGCUUUAUUUUGGAUGAAGCUAUUGCUGUUGUUGCCUUCAUUGUGCAUUCUUUCAUUAUUUUAGCUCAAGCAAUUACUCUAUCAGCUGCAAUAAUAGCCCAUAACAAUGCCUUGAUGGCACUACUUGUAUCCAAUAACUUUGCUGAGAUUAAGAGCAAUGUUUUCAAGCGGGUGAGCACAGAGAAUUUGCACAAGAUGGCCUAUUACGAUACUGUGGAGAGAUUCCAUAUCAUGGCUUAUGUCAUAUUUGUAUUGGCUCAAAAUAUUUUGGAAGCAGAAAGUCCAUGGUUGUGGAGUUUCGUGAUGAACUCAUGCAUGAUAUGGAGCUGUGAAGUUCUCGUGGAUGUUAUCAAGCAUGCAUUUCUUGUAAAGUUUAAUGAGAUAAAACCGGAUGCUUAUUCAGAAUUUCUUGAAGCUCUUUGUAAACAGACUUUAAACAAUCAAUCACAUGAAGCUCAUAAGGCAUUGACCUUUGUUCCUCUUGCACCAGCAUGCGUGGUUAUUAGAGCCUUGACACCAAUUUAUGCUUCACGUCUUCCCUUUGGCCCAGUUUGGUGGAGAUGGUUUUGGAUUGUUCUGCUAUUUACAGUGACAUAUUUAAUGUUGGCAAGUUUGAAAGUUGUAGUCGGUCUUGGCUUGCAGACUCAUGCUAGAUGGUAUAUUCGUAGGUGUCUUCGAAAACAAAGACACUUACAUGCUGAUUAGUUAUAUAUUUUAUAUCAAUAGUUUUUAUUCUGGUUUGCAUUAAUAUGAGAUGAUUGCUAAUGAUGGAAUUUUGAAUAAAAACUAAGUUAACUGGAGCCACCAUUGCAUGUUUGCUGAUCCCAAACCCACAAAUAGUAAAUGGGCAGUAUUGCUAUAUUCCUAUUUACUUUCUAUGUGGACUGUGGGACUCGAUUCCUAUUCAUGUUUUUCUAGUUAUUCAGAAAUCAAUAUGAUGGGAUAUUUAAGCAAGCUUGAGAACAAGAAAGAUACAUCCAGAUUGUGAGGAUUGUGAGUA